CCGCACAAAAAACAACACACACUGACAAAAAACCCAGAGCUCUCCAUCGCAGCAAAACGAAGCGAUCAACAAUGGCAGCAAUGACCAAUCUUCAAGUCACUGAUUGCUCUUCUCUCUUCGCUCUUCGCCUUCCCCACCGCCCCUUAACGCUGCCCCACUCGCGCUUCAUCGCCAAAGCUUCUCUCCAACAACCCCACCACCGUUCUUCUUCUUCUGCUUCGCCGCCGUCGCUUGUCAACCGGAGACAGAUCAUAUCUCAAACGGCGUCGCUUUCGCUUUCCCUCGCGACUCUCUCGACUCUCCCACCGCCGGUCAAGUCGGAGGAAAUUUUGUCGGAAUGGGAAAGAGUCAACCUUCCCAUCGAUCCCGGUGUUGUCCUUCUAGACAUCGCCUUUGUCCCCGAUGACUCGAACCACGGAUUUUUGCUUGGGACAAGGCAGACUAUUUUGGAGACAAAAGAUGGGGGAAAUACAUGGGUUCCACGUUCAAUUCCUUCAGCUGAGGAUGAAGAUUUCAACUAUAGGUUUAACUCUAUUAGCUUCAAAGGCAAAGAAGGCUGGAUUGUUGGUAAACCCGCAAUUUUGUUGUACACUUCAGAUGCUGGAGAAAGCUGGGAAAGAAUUCCAUUAAGUGCUCAGCUUCCCGGAGAUAUGGUAUAUAUAAAGGCGACUGCUGAAAAGAGUGCUGAGAUGGUGACUGAUCAAGGAGCAAUAUAUGUUACAUCAAACAGGGGCUAUAACUGGAGAGCUGCUGUUCAAGAAACUGUCUCGGCUACUCUUAACAGAACAGUUUCUAGCGGUAUUAGUGGGGCAAGUUAUUACACGGGAACUUUUAACACCGUGAAUCGCUCUCCAGAUGGACGAUAUGUGGCUGUCUCAAGCCGUGGUAACUUUUAUCUUACAUGGGAGCCUGGACAGCCAUUCUGGCAACCACAUAAUAGAGCAAUUGCAAGAAGAAUACAGAACAUGGGAUGGAGGGCCGAUGGUGGUCUUUGGCUUCUUGUCCGUGGCGGAGGACUUUUUCUUAGCAAAGGAACAGGGAUAACAGAAGAUUUUGAAGAAGUCCCUGUACAAAGUCGUGGCUUUGGCAUUCUUGACGUUGGUUAUCGAUCGGAGGAUGAGGCUUGGGCAGCAGGGGGCAGUGGGGUUUUGUUGAGAACUACCAAUGGUGGGAAGAGUUGGACCCGUGACAAGGCAGCUGAUAAUAUUGCCGCUAAUCUGUACUCAGUGAAGUUUAUUAAUGACAAGAAGGGAUUUGUGCUCGGUAAUGACGGUGUCUUGCUCCGGUAUCUCGGAUAAAGCUGUUAUCCAUAAACGGUAAUCAGCUCGAUUUUUAUCUAUUAAUAUCCUAUAUACCACAUAUUAUACUCGUAAAACAAAACUUACGAGUUCAUGGUGAACACUUUGCAGUAGAGAAGUUCAUGGCAUUUGCAUUUGCAUUUGAAUUCUGCAGGUGCUUGCAAUUUUGUAUAGCUGAUUUACAUUACUUUCUUGGUGGUGAUAUUAAGAGGGAAAAAGAAUUUCCAUCAAUGUGAUUAUGUUUUCUUGUCUUUGCUUCUCUUUUUAGUC